GAAACAAAAGCUGCAAGCUGAGAUACCAGACAAGAUAGUCCAGGAGACCAGGAAGAUGGAAUACACAUUGCACCACAUGACCCAGUACCUGAGGAACGGGUAAACUGGUAAAGACCACGAGACAAAAACAAAGAUGCAAUGUCAAACUCGUAGUCGGUAUUCAAGUCGUAGGCGACCACUGCCUGGUUGCGAAGUACGUACUGGAACUUUCCCACAUAGUGGAGUAAGUUCUCACUAUCACCAACCAGCUCAGCAUUCUUUCCAGACCUGCAUGGAUAAACAUCAAGUGGUUGGGGUGCUACGACAGAUGGAGAAGUUUCUAAAAGGCCAAGAGCUUCGAUUCACUGAGGGCUUCCGGAUCAUGAAGUCAAAACUGGCAACGCUUCAGAGUUCGGUCUCCAAGUUGCCUCAAGCGGACCAGUCAGCUGCCCCCGCCACAUGCCGGCCCCUGGAAGAACCGGAUCACGGGACCAAGUUUGGAUCCAAACACCUGGCCGGACAUGAGGCGCAUUUCGCUUGCUCGCAGGGCUACCACCUUGUUGGAUCGGCCACACGUGUGUGCCAGGACAAUGGCACCUGGAGCGGAGUGGACGCCGUCUGUAAAGACAUCAGUGAAUGUGCAAGUAACCCCUGUCAAAAUGGAGGUACCUGUGUGGAAGGUAUUAACCAGUACAAAUGUGCCUGCUCACAGAGCUGGAGCGGCUCCCAUUGCCAGCACCACACUCAUACCGCUCCUCCUGAGUGGAGCGUAAUGAACGACCCGGCAUUCAGCCGAAAACCUCGCUGUGCCCAAGUGAACCGGGCCCAACACUGCAGCUGUGAUGCGGGCUUCCACAUGAGUGGCACCUCGGACAACAGCAUUUGCCAGGAUGUCAACGAGUGUGAAGUCUACCGUCUGGAUCAGGGAGGGACGUUAUGCAUCCAUGAAUGUGUCAAUGUCCCAGGCUCAUACCACUGCUCCUGCCCCAGUGGCUACAAGUUGCUCCCAGAUGGGCGGAGCUGCGAGGAUGUGGACGAAUGUUUAAACCAGCAGCACAACUGUAGCCGAGGAACAACGUGUAUCAACACCGGGGGAGGCUUUCAGUGCGUCAACCCGGACUGUCCCCGUUCCCAUGGCAAUAUCACCUAUGUCAAAACAUCUGCCCUUCAAUGCGAGAGGAAUCCCUGCCCCAUGGAAAGCCGCUCCUGCCACCUCGCGCCAAAGACCGUCUCGUUCCACUACCUCUCCCUCCCCUCCAACAUUCAGACACCCGCCACUCUUUUCCGUAUGGCCACCGCGGGGGCCCCCGGGCGCUCGGGGCCUGACAGCCUGCGCUUUGGCAUCGUGGGAGGAAACUCACGGGGUAUUUUUGUCAUGCAGCGCUCAGACAGACAAACCGGCGAGCUGAUACUGGUCCAGCAGCUGCGCGGCCCUCAGGAGAUCAACGUGGACGUGGACAUGUCUGAAUAUGCCGAGCGCACCUUUCAAGCAAAGCACGUGGCCAGAGUCCAUGUCCUGGUGUCACCUUAUAACUUCUGAACAAGUCUGGGAGGAGUGAAAGUAAGAAAAUGAAAAUAUACGAUGAAUACAAGAAAUCCCAGGACAACUAUGACAGCACGAUUUGUCCCUCAGUGGAGCGCAGACCUCCACGAGGGCCAAAUAAUUUGAAUCAACAUCAAAAUGCAGCCUUCAAAGUUAGUAGUUGUCUUGUCUGUUGAAAAUUGAAGAAAAGGUCCUGGAUUUGAAUGCGUCAAAUGAAAAAUUGGGUGAACAAGAGCCAUCAAUUUUUAAAACUUUCUCAACACUACCCAUGGGAAGAUAGAUUAUUAAAAAUAUUCAGUUGGACUAAAAUGACACUUUCAAUGACACUCAGAGUGAAUUAUUGGGGAACUAACACAUUUUGUUGAAGCACAAAGCAAACAUACAGUACAUGCAGACUAAUAACUAAAUCAAGAAUUUUGAGUUCAACACAGCGGGGACAGGAGUUCAUCAGUUCUCUUUUUUUUAUUUCAAAUUCUCAAAUUUGGAUUUUAUUGCUGUGAAUACCCAUUAUUUUAACAUCCAAUUUCCUUCUCAGAGAACGUGACUGUAGACGGUUGUGUUACUGCACAAAACUACCAAAGUAGCCCUGGCCCCCUGUUCUAAUACGUGGGUACCUGGAGUUUUAUAUAUGGGAUAUAUUAUUGCUGUUUUUUUUGCAUCUUUUAUCUUCCAUCAUAUACUGUAUAUAAGCACACUAUUCAUUCCUACUAAGGGUAUUUUUCUUCUUUUCGAGAGUGAAUCAUCUACAGUAGCAGGACUUUUCAUAUACUCACACUUCAUACAUACAGUACAUGUGUUUUGAGGACAAUAACUGCACAAUCUUAAAUAACGUCUCUACAUAAAUGAAAUAAACUCAAUGUAACUACUCAGCUUUUGUAAGUUACCUCACUUGGUUCAGCAUAGAUUCUUCUUUCCAAGUCAGAGUUAGGUAGUAAAACCAAACCUCAGGGGAUUAAUAAAUCCUGGAUAGCAACAAAAUGUUUUCAGAAUGAAUGACGAGAUGUUUCAGCACACUUUCAAAGCCGUUUGGAUUUCAUCCGAGGUGCGGAAACUGUCCAAUACAUGUAUGUAAAAACAAAUCUCACUUUUUUUUUUUUUUUUAAAUAAGAUACUGAAGUUCAACGUGUGUUGUCUUACUACCUUCUAUCCCAUCCCAUCCUGGGCCUUACAUUUUCACUCAAAUCAAACCGUGCAGUAUAUUUUUCCAAAGGGGUUUGGGGAUGACCAUCAAAAAUACACAGCACAGAACAUCACAACAUGCCUUAUUUAUGAUAUGGGAAGUCCAUUUCAGGAAAAAUAUGUUCUGUACAAAAUCCCACGAAUGAUCACCGUUUGACUUGUGGUCAAUUAUAAUAUCACGGGAACUCAGA